CCUUGCUGCUGGUUCCAUGCUGUAUCUGAGGAGGCUGGUGUGGUUUGUGUGUCCUGCUCUGUGUGCUACUGCUGCAUUCUGUGAGGGGAAUUCAGGCGAGCUCUGACUUCGCGACAUGGAAGCAUUGACCUUUGAUGAUGUGCAUGUACACUUCACUCUGGAGGAGUGGUCCUUGCUGGAUCCAUCUCAGAAGAGACUUUACAAAGAUGUCAUGCUGGAGAACUACAGGAAUCUCACCACUAUAGGCUACAAUUGGAAAGACCAUAACAUUGAAGAACAUUCUCAAAAUGAUAGAAGAUAUGGAAGGUAA